AGAAUCUCUUUACCUUCUUAUUGCGCAGAAUAUUGCAACAGCAGGAGAGAUAAUUUGACGUUGGGUGCUACACGACACACCUUUAAGGACAGCCCUUUGAGGUGGUAACGUCUACGUUACGAAUUUUUCUAGUUUCGGUUCCGGCAACCCUGUAGAAAAGCAGCGAAAGCAGCCCGUGGCUCCGCGACGGCACGUCCCAAAUGUCGAAGGUGACGUUCAAGAUAACUCUGACGUCGGACCCGAAGCUUCCUUACAAGGUCCUCUGCGUUCCUGAAUGCACGCCUUUUACAGCAGUGUUAAAGUUCGCAGCCGAAGAAUUCAAAGUACCACCAGCCACCAGCGCUAUUAUCACUGAUGACGGAAUCGGCAUAAACCCUGCUGACACUGCUGGUAACAUCUUCCUUAAGCAUGGAUCAGAACUUCGCCUCAUUCCCAGGGAUAGGGUCGGACAUUCCAGAUGACCAGACAUUGCAGAUGUAUUUUAUGCAGUGCGCCCACAUUUUCUGGAGGAAAGGUUUUUUGACACAAGCAUUAUGAAUAAUAAAUGACAAAAUCUGCU